AUGGUGGCUGCUUUGAGAGCCGUAAGCAGGUCACUGAGACAUUACAAACCCAGAACCUCUGCAUUUCCAGAGAGUCAGCAAUGGAUUUACGUAACUCGCCGCAGUCUAAUUUUGGAUCAAGCACCUUCUCACUCUGUCAGCCUUCACAGACUCUCUGACUCUGAUUCAGGGAUUGUUGAGGUUAGUUUGGAGAGGCCUGAGGUGAGAAAUGCAAUAGGGAAAGAUAUGCUGAGAGGGUUGCAGAAUACCUUUGAAGCUAUUAGUAAGGACUCUUCUGCUAAUGUUUUGAUGAUCCGCAGCAAAGUGCCCAAGGUAUUCUGUGCUGGCGCGGAUUUGAAGGAACGCAAAAUGAUGAGUUCAUCUGAAGUUCGAGAUUUUGUCAAUACGCUGCGUGCCACAUUCUCGUUUUUAGAGGUACUUUGUAUUCCUACUAUUGCUGUUAUUGAAGGAGCAGCAUUGGGCGGUGGACUUGAAAUGGCUUUAUCAUGCGAUCUCCGGAUAUGUGGAGAAGAAGCAGUGAUGGGCUUGCCAGAAACAGGACUUGCAAUAAUUCCGGGGGCAGGUGGAACACAGCGACUUCCUAGAAUUGUGGGAAAAGCAUUAGCAAAGGAACUCAUAUUCACUGGCAGGAAGAUUGGUGGCAGAGAAGCAAUGUCGAUUGGUCUGGUAAAUUGCUGUGUUCCUGCUGGUGAAGCUCAUAUAAAGGCACUUGAAAUUGCUCGCAAUAUAAACGAGAAGGGUCCCAUAGCAGUAAGGAUGGCAAAAAAAGCUAUUGACGAGGGCCUGGAGGUACAUAAGACCUCAGCUUUGGCACUAGAAGAAGAAUGCUAUGAACAAACCUUGAACACAAAUGAUCGCUUGGAAGCCCUAGCAGCAUUUGCUGAGAAGCGCAAGCCAAGGUAUACUGGAGAUUAA